AGUUUGUUUGUUUCCUUCUGUCAGAGUUAAAGAAAGUCCACAUCGAGGUGAAGGAGGACGCCUCCGCUGCUCCUCAGCCUGAAGGCAGCGAGGAAGACGAGGAGGAAGACGAGGAGGACGAUGAGGAGGAAGACGAGGAGGAAGACGAGAGCGAGGAGGAGGCGGAGAAAAAGGAGGCCACGCCCACAGCGCCUGCUCCUCAUCUUCAUCACGGGAAGAAGAGGAAGGAGAGCGAGAGCAGCAGCAGCGACGAUGAUGAUGGGAGGACGAAGGAGGAGCUACUCUACGACAGAGCGAAGAGGAGGAUAGAGAAACGUCGAGCGGAGAACAUAAAGAACAUCGACCUGGAGCGCCUCAGGUCUCCAGUGGUCUGCGUGCUGGGACACGUGGACACGGGCAAGACCAAGAUCCUGGACAAGCUGCGUCACACUAACGUUCAGGACGGAGAGGCAGGAGGCAUCACUCAGCAGAUCGGAGCCACCAACGUUCCCUUGGAAACCAUCGAGGAGCAGACCAGGAUGGUGAAGAACUUUAACAAAGCAGACCUGAGGAUCCCCGGCAUGCUGAUCAUCGACACACCCGGCCACGAGUCCUUCAGGUAA